AUGCAAUGCUGAGCUUGAGGCUGAUGAGUACGGCAAUAUCGGGUGCACGCCGCAGGAACUUUCAUUUGACAACAACGUUUCGCUUGACAAUCGAAAGCUGAACGCAUCUCAGCAAAAAGUGGAAUAACUUCGUGCGAACUGAAACAUCAAGCAUUUACUAUUUUUGCUCUUUCUGGAAAUCAAAGUCAUAAUUCUCUACUCUUGUUGAGUUGGAGAUAUUUCCAUUAUGGCUUCCAGUCCAGUACACUUCUUCUCCCAUGGCUCGACCAUGAUGCUGGGAGAAGAGUCAGACUCAGCAACAUACUGGAAAAAAUGCGGAGAUGAAGCUCUAGCAAACGGCAUUGAGCACGUCGUGAUGAUGGGCGCACACUGGGCCACCCUCGGCGACGAAAUCGAAGUAGCAGCAAACCCCAACCCAAGCAAAAGCCCAGUAGCAUACGUCCACCCCUCCAAAUUCGAAAACUACAAACUCAACCCCGACCUCCCCAUGGCCACCCGCUGCGUCUCCCUUUUGAAGGCAGCCGGUCUGAAAGCAAAGACGAAUACAACCUUCGACUGGAUCCACGACACGUACUUAAUUCUCAUCCGCAUGUUCCCCGCCGGCUGUCCGCCCACCACAAUCGUAUCCAUGAACGCCCGCUACGACCCCCACUACCACGUCCGCGUCGGCGCCGCUCUCUCCUCCCUUCGUGCUCCCGCGGAAAAAACCCUCCUCAUCGGCACCGGCGGCGCGGUCCAUAACCUGUACCGCAACGUAUGGAGCCAGAUGCUUCUCUACCGCGACAAUUUCGCCAUGACAGCUCCGCCGGAAGCUGCUCUCAUGGAUUUUAGACAGGAGUUCGAAGACGCGAUGUUGAAGAAUAGCGGGCCGGCGCUCAGGAGAGCGGUCACGAUGUUGAUGAAGAUGCCGAAUUAUCGGGAUGCGCAUGCGACGGAUGAUCAUUUUAUGGCGGCGUGUUUUGUGGCGGGGGCGGCGGGGCGGAAGGAGGAUGUGGGGUGUAGGGCGGAGAUGGGGGCCGAGGAUUGGGAGUUGAGGAAUAUGUGUAAUUCGCAGUUUACGUUGGGGAGUUGGGGUGGGGUUAAGGUUUGA